AUGGCAAAGGGCAAGGCUUCUACUCCUCUCCAGAAAGAGAAAAAUCGCUUUUGCGAUGCCCUAACUCUCGAGAUGAAAAAACUGGUAGAUUUGAUUAUGCCAGAUCUCCCACUGGACUACGAGGAGAACGGCUGUGAGUGGAAACACGCUCGCAACUACGGAAAAGGACGAAUUUUUUAUAACAUCGGACGUAUCUACAAACGAUGUAUGAAUGACAGCCAUAUCCACCGCUACAAAGCGGUAUAUGUAUCAUCAGCUCUCCCACAAGCUUCACUCAAUCAAUUCAUUCAGUUGAGGGCUGUUUUCGAGUUGGCUGGGCAGAAAUAUUCGGAUCAACCAAAUGUGCAUUCAACCGCCGACGAAAAGAUGGCGGUGAUGGGCUGGUUGUUGGAGAAAGCCCAGGGAAGUGUUGCUGGUGAAAUCGCGAAUCAUCCCAAUAACCGAGAAAUUUUGUCCACUCCACGAGCCCGCCUCCCUUCCAAGAAUUUCACUUUCAGCUCCCCACCUCAACUAGCAACGCCUACAACAGACGCACGCUUAGCUGUGUUCAACUCGACACCACAGGCUGGGCCAUCCAAAGGUUCAAGAACCCCCAAUUCCUCUCCACUAUACUCCUCUCCAUGCCCACCACCUGCCCUUAAACGCAAGGCGAUAGGUGACGCAAUGCCUUCCUACCCGAAAAAACACAAAACUGCCGAGGUUUCUGGUGAGACGGUGAGGACUCCUAACAGAAAGGGCAAGGAACGGAGUGUCUUCCUCGGCGUGAUCGAAAUUUCCGACAGUGAAGACAUGAAUGCGAAUGAGGGUGGAUAUGACUUGCCAACCAUUUGGCUUAGCGACAGUGAUGAUUAG